AUGGGCUGUGGUGUCGUUGUUAAAAGUGAAAAGCCAAAGAAAUCGAUCGAAGACGAAGUAACUCCUGUAAUAUCUCCUGACCCAGCACGCAGAGGUCAUUUAAAGUUUUCAUCAUAUGUAAAAAAUUUUAAUUGCACAACUUAUAAUGCGGGCGGGGAGGUUUACUCAAUUAAAGUUGAAUAUGUGGGCACUCCAAUGGAAUCUCCUAAUUUAUCUAGGAGUCACUAA